AUGAUCACUGUAACAGUCACGGUGAAUGGCCAAGAUGUGAUCAUCACUACAACGAUCUACGUCGAUCAAACAUCGACCAACACAUCAACCAUAUGUGGACUUGGAUACCAAGACCCUAACAUGGCAUGUCCCAACAUAACAUCUGCAAUCAACAGCUACCGAUCAAUAUAUCAACAACAACUCCACAACACUGCAUUGAACAUUGCGAUGGCAGGUGGUGUAUACCCUGCCCUCAAGGGCAACUCCGACCUCAACCUACUCUACAUCAAUGUCACGAUUGGACCUUCGCCAUACACCCAAUGCGAUGUCAUCAUCGACCUCGUCCCGGCCCUACCCAACGACACCUUCCUUGUCUUCUUCUUCAAUUCCCUGUCGGACAUUAUUUGUAAUCCUCAGAUCAACAUCACACUCAAUAUUUUCUUGACUCAAUGCAAGCUGACGAUCAAUCAAACAGAGUUCAUUGGUAACAAUGUGUACACCCUCUUGAACCACAGCGAUGAGCCACUCUCAAUCAUUGGCGCAACAUUCCGAGACAACUUCUUGCCUGGUUACCUGUUUCAAACCUUCCUUGAGACAACCACACCGAUGUCAAUAGUCAACACGUCGUUCAUUGGCAACACGGGCAUUGGGGAGUCCUAG